AUGGGGAACAGUCCUUCUACUCAGGAUCCAUCGCAUUCCAACAAAAAGGAACAUGGAUAUCAUCUUCAUGAAGCAUUUAAUAAAGAUCGUCAGGGAAGCAUAACUUCUCAAUUGUUUAACAGCAGAAAGAGUACCCAUAAAAGACACGCCAGUCAUGCCAGUGACCAUAAUGGUGCCAUUCCCCCUAGAAUGCAAUUACUUGCGUCCCACGAUUCAUCAUCAAAUGGUGAUGGAAGCAUCAACAAUGAUAAUACUAUCGAUAGCGUACCCUCUCCCUUAUUUAAAAAGGAUUAUUCUUUGUCCGCUGUUGCGGAUGCGAAUGACACUACGUUGGCUAGUUUAUCUUUAAAUGAUGAUCAUGAUGAGGGUGCACCCGAAGAGCAGGUGAAAUCUCCGUCGCUCUUGAGUCCCGGUCCAUCAAUGGCCACUGUUAAACAAACUAAGAGCGAUCUGGACGAUCUAUCUACUUUGAAUUACACCAUGGUUGAUGAAACAACAGAAGAUGAACGAAACAACAAUUCACACCAUGAAAGGCAUCGCUCGAGUAUCAUUGCAUUGAAGAAAAAUCUUUUAGAAAAUUCAGCUACUGCCUCCCCUUCUCCGACAAGGUCUUCAUCGGUGCACUCUGCAUCACUGCCUCCCUUAAUCAAGACGGAUUCCAUUGAUAUUCCUGUAAGACAGCCCUAUGCAAAGAAACCAUCUGUCCAUGCAUACCAAUAUCAAUAUCUAAAUACUGACUCAAAAUUUUCUGAGAGCUUACAGAUAGAUAAAGAGAAAAACAGCGAUAGUGUAGAUGCAGAAGCAGGGGUACUUCAAAGUGAAGAUAUGGUUUUGAACCAAUCGCUUUUACAAAAUGCUUUAAAAAAGGAUAUGCAACGUCUUUCAAGAGUAAAUUCCUCCAAUUCAAUGUAUGCUACAGAAAGGUUAAGCCACAGUAAUAACAAUGGCGAUAGUGAAAAUAACAUUCGUAACAAGGGGAACUCGGGAGGUUCUAACGACGAUUUUACCGCACCUAUAUCUGCUACCGCAAAAAUGAUGAUGAAAUUGUAUGGUGAUAAGACCUUAAUGGAAAGAGAUUUGAAUAAGCACGAGAAUAAGACAAAGAAAGCACAGAAUAAAAAAUUAAGGUCGGCCUCAAAUUCAAGAAGAUCCUCAUUUGCUUCUUUGCAUUCUUUACAAUCAAGAAAGAGUGUCUUACCAAACGCUUUAAAUUUACAACCUUUGCAUCCACUACAUCCAAUUAUUAACGACAAUGAAAGCCAAUAUUCUGCACCGCAGCAUAGGGAAAUAUCUCAUCACUUUAAUUCCAUGUCAAGUAUGUCUUCAAUAUCAUCAACAAACUCUACCGAAAAUACUCUAGUUGUUUUAAAAUGGAAGGACGAUGGUAACGUGGCUGCAACCACGGAAGUCUCUAUAGUAAGUAAUGAUAUUGCUUCUGCUCUCAAAGAACAAAGAGAGCUUAGCUUGGAUGAGAAUGCAAGUUUAGACUCAGAAAAACAAUUAAAUCCUAAGAUCCGCAUGGUUUAUGAUGAUGUGCAUAAGGAAUGGUUUGUUCCGGAUCUUUUCUUGCCUGCAGGAAUUUAUAGACUACAAUUCUCCAUCAAUGGUUUAUUGACCCACUCAAACUUUCUUCCUACGGCUACAGAUUCAGAAGGCAAUUUUGUCAACUGGUUUGAAGUAUUGCCCGGUUACCAUACGAUCGAGCCAUUUAGAAAUGAAGCAGAUAUGGAAUCACAAAUAAAGCUGACAUCAGAUGAAGAAUCGCCCAAAAGGCCUGAACUUAAAAGAUUGUCUUCCUCCUCUCGAAAAUCUUCGUACUAUUCUGCUAAGGGUGUUGAGAGACCAAGUACACCGUUCUCGGAUUAUAGAGGCUUAAGUAGGUCAAAUUCAAUAAAUAUGCGCGGCUCAUUUGUACGCCUGAAAGCAAGUAGUUUGGAUUUAAUGGCUGAAGUCAAGCCUGAAAAGUUGGAGUAUUCGAAUGAAAUACCAAAUUUAUUUAAUAUAGGCGACGGCCCUACGGCUUCUGCAAAGGGAGAUUUCGAUGAUUUACCUCCUCAAGAUCGUCCCAGCUUUACGCAUAAAGUGGUUGACUGUAACCAAGAUGAUUUAUUUUCUACUUUACAGCAAGGUGGUAAUAUUGAUGCGGAGACAGCAGAGGCGGUGUUUUUGAGUAGAUACCCAGUUCCUGACUUGCCAAUAUACCUAAAUUCAUCCUAUUUGAACCGAAUACUAAAUCAAAGCAAUCAGAAUUCGGAAUCGCAUGAUAGGGAUGAAGGUGCGAUAAACCAUAUCAUACCUCACGUGAACUUGAACCAUUUAUUAACAAGCAGUAUUAGAGAUGAAAUAAUCAGUGUAGCUUGCACCACAAGAUAUGAGGGGAAAUUUAUCACCCAGGUAAUUUAUGCACCUUGUUAUUACAAAACACAAAAGUCCCAGGGCAACAACCAUAACUUUAAUUCACAGUGA